CCCCCCCAGUUUUACAAUGGUUCAUUUCGGGCACUCGGCGAGAUCAUCAGGAUGAGGCCGAGCGAGGACUCCGCCGUCAAAGAAAUAAUGUUCUUCGAGGAACUCUACGACAGCACGAAUCUCAGAGCGGCACUCAGAAUUCACUCAGCUAACAAAACGUUCACCUACUUUCAAGACAUUGAAACCAGACAGACCUUUCUUCAUACGUCAUCAGUCCACAGUGCAACAUGCGACUUAAUUGGGACGAAGCCGAAAGACGAUAUCUUCGGUCCGCUGGUGAGAAAAGAUGGAUGGCACUACUUCUACCUCAGGGAUCUGCUAACGUCAAAACAGUGGGACACGACACCCGAUGAAGCUCACUAUCCAGCCCGCAACAUGUACUGCGACGUGUGGGCCAUAAACGCCGAGCACUCCGGCAAGCCUCUCGUCAUCGCCAUGGCAGUAAACUCAAUUUCGUGGGGCUCAACUACCGACACUAUACAGGCACCUGUGUCUGUUCGCAUACGGUAUGCUAAUAGUGAAGAUGAAGACGAGACUGAAAUUAACAUAUUCAACUUCGCCGCUCUGGGUGACAGUAUUCACGACGACCUUCUGCAGCUUCCAGAUGCUGUCUUCUGCGGCGGAUACAAAAAGGCUGUCUCUCUGCCUCCCCUUCGUGAUUUGAGGAUUUUCAACUACCGUGUGGAGAUGACCUCAUCCCGAAACAAUGCCACGCACUAUAGCGACGUUUGGAUCGAUCUAGACCACAUGCUGUACCGAAUUGAUUACGCGCCCAUAAAUGACACCUUUGUGCGUCGCAGGAGAGCCCUUAUCGUAUCUGGAAACGAAGGUGCAAUCUACCACAUAAUUCAGAAGAGCAACACACGUUGCCACGUUAAAAGCCUACUUGACUUGAAAUUCGAUGUGCAAAUGAUCGCCGAUCCAAGUUAUAUCAGACACAUGACACCGGCUACGUUUUUCGGCGGUGACUGACAACGACAUAAAGUUGACAUACAAGAAACAGGCGGUCAAGCGAGGAAUCCCGUGUCACAUGUGGGAAGUACUGCGCACGGACUGGCCUCCCGGCUCGGACGGCAUCUCCACGCUUUGGGAGUGGUGUUUCGUGGUGCCCAAAGGGCAAGAGGGAAAGCGUACAUCUGGCGACACAUAUAUGGUGAGCCUCGACUUAACAGUGAUUCGGGUCUCGAGUGACGGCGAAAACCCCUUGUCCCUUGAAGAAGGCACUCGGUUCAGCUACAACUUGUACGACUCGUUCAAGAAUCCGCCGGAACUCAUCGAUUUGCAUGGAUUCGACAUCUCGCCUUGUUACAAAGGCAACGAUUCGGUGGACGCCUUCCUCGAGGUGAAACUUUCAGCUUCUGACUAUUCCACGCUGUCUUCAUCCUCUACACUCAACGACCCUAAGUUUCUGUCUGCUUGGCGUAGAGCGCUCGACCAGGCGUCCGUUCUCUCGGACCACUCCUUGCGCAUCACGCGCAUUAAAGGGUAUUUCUCGCAAGAUAACACGCUCUUUGUCACGUUCGUGUUGCUGGACCGAUUUCCUGCUGACGCGAAAGUAGGAAUUGAGGAUACACAAGUCAGCAUCGAGGAAAUGAAACAAAACUUGAACAAAUCGGUCAGCCAAGGCAGCCUUGGAAUUACGUUCAAAGGGGUGAACCUGACCGCGUCGUCUUGGGGCUUCGGACUGCCCCUUACGCCGAAGCCGCAGCCUGCGCCUCCAUUAACAACCACGACGCCUGUCACCCCACCAACGACCGCUCGAGCGAUAACUACUCAUACCGAGGAAGUGACAACUCCGGGUGAGGAAGUGACAACUCCGGGUGAGGAAGUGACAACUCCGGGUGAGGAAGUGACAACUCCGGGUAAGGAAGUGACUACAGCGGCGUCUUCGAGCGCGACUUCCUUCUGCCAGGGCCCCCACCACCCCUUGGGAGAUCAUCACCGACCGUGGGAUUACGGACGAUGAGCCCCAUGAUUGGGACACUACAACGUCUACGUACGACAUCAUAACCGAGCUUCCGGUGGCCUACUCCACCUUUGCGACGCGCUAUUCUGCUGGAGUAGUCGGGGGCACGACGGCGGGACUCUUCCUGCUCGGAGCGCUGAUUGGGGCGUCGGCUACCUACGCGAAGAGUGCGUUCUUUCCAACCGCUUCGCUUCCCACGACGGUGUUUCACUGAACACCGAAAUCUCAGUGACCGCGCAGACACUCCAGCACAAGAGGGCCAAUGGUUGCCCCGCUGAAUUGUUCAUUCAUGACGUAAGGAAACUGAAUCACACAAAAAACGUGCACUUUAAUUUUCUGUUGUGCAUAAUACGCGAUGCUCUGAUCUAGAUUUAGUUAUAGGGGAUCAUGUCGAUAGGUAGGAACCACGUGCUUUCUGGCAUUCCACUUCGCUCAUGUAUGUACAGUGAUGAAAAAUACUCGGGAAAAUGCUGGCUAACAUGGGCGACAAUGGAAAAAACAAAAACAAAUAGUGAAUGACGCGAUGCCAGAGGUUAACGUGAGGCGCUGCGCUGCAGGGAUCUAUCCUGACUUCCACGUAAUGCGCUUGCCUUAACUUGUGCAAUACUCGUGGCAGAUAAGUUUGCGGCACUCGAUGCAAGAUGUGCUAAAUGCCUAAAUCUUUUGCUGCAGUACGCUGCUCUCUUCUUCGUGUCAUAUAAUCACAGGCCACUGCUGCUGCCCAUCUGUGAGCCUUGGUGCCAUGAUUUGCUCAUAGGAAGCAAACUGGCGUUGUUCUUCUUUCGGGUCCAGUUCCCAGUCCAGGUUGAGUAACACAAAAAAGAGCAUUGGAAAGGUUGAAGGAUUGAAACGAUCCCGAUGAAGAAGAAAUAAAUUGCAAAUCCGUAGAGGCUUGGGCUAGUCGGUAUAUACUUGACAGGGGAACAGCGCAAAAAACACGACAGACAAGAAGGGAGACACACACCAGCGCUGUGUCUCCCCUUCUUGUCUGAGCGCUGGUGUGUGUCUCCCUUCUUGUCUGUCGCGUUUUACAGUGAAAGCUGUAUAUGGCUAGGCGAAACGCAAAACCGUUCGUCCCAUGUUUCGCUAAACGUCUCCAUUGGCUGCGCCGUCAGUUACGUCGUUCUCUACGUCGAAUCCAAGCGCGCGCGCCAUUGGCAGCACAGUUAGUGACGUCGUUCUCUGCGUCGUACCCAAGCACGCGCGCCUGAUCUGCCCGCCACACCGACUCCUUGCCUCGCCGUUGUCGCAUGCCUUCGAUAUUUUGAGCUAGCUCGGCGUCGUGGUUAGCAGCAUCCGCCCGCGAUUGGCGCUUGUGCUCCACUUCGCGAUUUCAAAGUGGGCGUUUCGUCGCAGCCGAAGCCAAAGUGCCACUCGAGAAACUCCCGCCGAAAGCGGGCGUUGGCCCCGGCGAACGUGUUCCCAGCAUUGCCACGUUAACCCUGCUCGGCCCGCAACGCCGCCUCCUCGGCUCGCCGUUGUCGCAUGCGUUCGAUAUCUGGAGUUAGCUCGGCGUCGUGGUUAGCAGCAUCCACCCGCCAUUGGCGCUUGCGUUCCACUAGAAACUCAAACAUGUAACCAAUAAUUGACAAACGCUUCAAUACAGCAUAGGGACUAACCCACCGCUAAACAUCUGGGCCGCACGUUUCAGCUUCGCUGGUUAACCAUCUGUACGGAGUGCUUGGGCGGUGAUUU